UAACAAAAUCAUCAACCAAUCACAAGAGAAGGAGAAAUCAGCUGAGAGCGACGCACGUAAUAUUAUUUUGUAAACAUGGAAGGACCACCAGCCAAGAAGAGACGGCCUAAUUUCAGUGAGGCUGAAGUAUACACUCUUGUGACUGAGGUAGCCAAACGAAAAGAAAUGAUUUUAGGGAAGUUGGACUCAAGUAGUUGUACACUUCAACUCAAAAACCAUGCCUGGGGUGAAGUGUUAAAUGCGGUGAAUGCUGUUGGUAGAGUCACCCGCAAUGUUACUGAAAUUCGGCGGAAGUUUUCUGAUCUUCGUGUUAGCGUUAAGAAAAAAGCAGCACAAGAUAAGAAAUAUGCUGGUGGAACAGGUGGCGGCCCCCAAAUUGAAAUUACAUACACUGCAAUUGAAGACGCAAUUCUUCAACUAUUAGAUCCAGCCUCUAUACAUGGGAUUCCAGGGGAUGUUGAAAGUGAAGAACCUAUUAAUGAAGAAGAAAGAGAACUAACCCCCGGACCCUCAGGAGCUAGGUUUACAGCUACCGGUAGUUGUUUCCGAGAGGAAUUUAUGUUUCGGCCCAUUCAAGAGAAAGAUGAUUCUAUAACCCUCAUUCUGAAUGAGGAUAUACAGGAACAUGAUAUCACAGUACCCAUUGUGCAUUUAGAACCUGAAAAUUCAGCACCUACAAACAUUCCUGGAUUUUCAUCAUCCGGAACAUAUGAGGUAGAAACAUGUAGUUCAAGCAAUACUCGUCAACCUAUUGCUGCUACCACGGAACAGCGAAGUAGGUCUAGUACCCCUUCUGCCACAGCUGUUAGGUCAACUGUAACUGGUGAUUCCACUGAUGAAAUGGGUUCACCUCCAAUGCCAAGUACCAGCAGAAGUGGCAGGAGGCCACGAACCUCUUCUGCCCGAAAAGAUGAAGAUCUUCUUCGAGAGAUGCUUCGUGUUCAAACACAAAUGAGUGACAGUUUUUUACAGCUUGUAGCUAACACCGAGUGCAUUGCAUCUGCAAUGCUAUGCAUUGCAAGAGUUAUGCAGUCGAAAAAUCCUAUCCAAUGAUGCUGUGUUUAUGGUGUGUGUAUAUGUAGUCGUUUACUUAGGUAAGUCCUUUACUUUUGGUAAAUGUGAUAAUAGCGUAGUUGAAAAGUCAUCAAACACUUAUUAUAAAUUUUCCUUUGAGUGAUUGUUAUGAAGGAAGACGGCAUGUUAAAAAAUUGUGUAACUUUCACUUGCAGCCUAUACUAGUCAUGAAAAUGUAACAGGAAUAUUUAGCUCUCCAUAAGUUCAUUAAAAUCACGAAGUUAAGUGAAAGACACACAUUUGUCAACUAAUAACAUGUGUUGCAGUGCUACUACGGGUAAUGUUUACCCAGGUUUUGGGUAAAAGUUCCUACCACACUCAAAAUUAUAUGUUUGAAAAGAGGCUCAUGUACUUAUUUUUAUUUUUUAAAGGUUCCUUUAUUUUGUAAGACGUAGUCAAUUUCCAGUUCAACGCGUUUUAUUUAUUAGUUUGUAGUUUGCGAAGUAUGAUUCAAGUAGGUUUAAACAGAAAUAAUGGUGCAAAUUCACCAACAGCCUACUGUAAUCGCUGCUAUUUAACACACAAUAGUCUCCAAAGCGCAAGUUGUUGCAUUGGUUCUAUCAUAAGGAUGUGCUGUCUCAUGUUACAUUUUAUAGCUGAACAAGCAAAGAGUAUUCUAUUUUUUUCUUUAUUACUUACAGUAGUACAGUAUUGGGUUAUAAGUUUCUUUUAAUUUACGGGUAUUGAUGCAGGUAAUUCUAGACAUAUGAAAAUUAUACUGUAUUUCAUUCUUAAAUCUAAAAAAUGGCAACAAAUAACAGUAGUUGUAUUAUUAUUUCACAACGAUGUGGUGACCCAUGGCAAAUUGUGU